AUGUCGGUCCCAUCGACCAUGAAAGCCAUCAUCGUAGAGAAAGUCGGAGGCCCCGAGGUGCUCGAAUUCAAAACAGAUCAUCCCGUGCCCACCCCGCAGGAAGGCCAAUUGCUCAUCAAGAACCACAUCUCCGGCAUCAACUACAUCGACACCUACUUCCGUACAGGUCUCUAUCCAGCCCCCAAGCCUGAAAUCCUGGGCCGUGAAGGAGUUGGCACCGUGACCGCCUUGGGGGCCGGUCCAAACCCUUACAAUUUCCAGGUGGGCGAUCGAGUCGCCUGGCUCGCAGGCGGGGGAUACGCGGAGUACACGACCGUCCCUGCCGUCAAGGCCGUCAAGAUUCCCGACGGCAUUUCCGAUGAGGAUGUGAUGGCGGCGUUUCUGAGCGGGAUGACCGUGCUCUCGCUGACCAAGGAGACUCAUGCCGUCCAGAAAGGUGAAUGGGUUCUCGUGCAUGCCGCUGCUGGUGGGGCUGGAUUUCUCAUGACUCAGAUCCUGAAGUCCGUUGGCGCUAAGGUCAUUGGUACCGCGGGUGGUGCGGAGAAGGUCGCUUUGGUCAAGAGUUUGGGGGCGGACGUGGUCAUCGAUUACCGGAGUGAGGAGGGCAAGGACUGGGUCAAAAAGGUCAAGGAGGUCACCGGAGGCCAAGGGGUCGAUGUCGUCUACGAUUCUGUUGGACAGGAUACAUGGGAGGGAAGCUUGGAGGCUGUCAAGAGAAAAGGAACAGUUGUCUGGUUUGGUAAUGCCAGUGGUCCUGUACCUUCUUUCAAUAUUCAGAAACUUGCUCCCAAGUGUAUCAAGAUCGCCCGACCGAUGCUGUACGGAUACAUCGAUACUCGCGAUGAGCUGGAAUUCUACGUGAAUGAACUGUUCAAUCUACUCAAGUCCGGCCAACUCAAGGUCCGGAUUCACAAGGUGUAUCCUUUGGAGCAGGUGGCUCAGGCACACAUGGAUCUGGAGGGUCGAAAGACCACCGGAAAGCUCUUGCUGAAGCACUGA